AGCCCAAAUGACAAAAUAGGAGCAACAAGGUCCAAUAGAGGUGAAGCCUGUGGAAAUAAAUAGCACAUCUGCUGUCCUGAUUCACCUCUGUGCGUCAGCUGCCCCCAGCGCUCAGCACCAGCAGCUCUGAAAUGAAAGUGAUGGGGAACGGGAGACCAGCCUGCCACGUGUCAGGCACCAUGCUGGCCACUUGCCCAGCAUCCUGCACUUAAUCGCCAUCAUCGAAGCCCUGUGAGGUCUAGGCAUAGACACAGACUUGGAGAGCUUAGUUCAGUUUGGGGUUUCAGUCUCUUACUCAAGCUUCUGCCUCAGCAUUUAUGCCACAAGAUGGAAAAAUUGAGAAUCAGAGAGGGCUAGUGAUCUCUUGGACACCUGGUCAGUAGACAAAGGCUCAAGGAGGGGAAGUGAUUUGCUGGAGGUUGCAGAGUGAUAAGCAAGUGGACCAGAGCCAGACUCUUGGGUGAAGGAUCCUGUCCCAUCCUCCAGGAGCUGAUGGCCCUGGAGAGAGGGCUUCAGGGCCCACGGACACUGCUGACUCUUCAGAACGUGCUGACAUGGAGCCAGGUAGACUGAAAUUACCAUGUGUCCAAAUUAAAAUUGCAUACUUCAAGGAUUAUUUGAAGGACUAUUCUUAGACCCUUUUAAGAAGAUUUAAAGAAAAACCACUCUGCCCUGAGCGCGGCAAGGACCCUGUUCGUGGAUGUGGAGGAGCGCGGGCCGGAGGCCAUGGACGUGAAGGAGAGGAAGCCAUACCGCUCGCUGACCCGGCGCCGCGACGCCGAGCGCCGCUACACCAGCUCGUCGGCAGACAGCGAGGAGGGCAAGGCCCCGCAGAAGUCCUACAGCUCCAGCGAGACCCUCAAGGCCUACGACCAGGACGCGCGCCUCACCUACGGCAGCCGCGUCAAGGACCUGGUACCGCAGGAGGCCGAGGAGUUCUGCCGCGCAGGUACCAACUUCUCCCUGCGCGAGCUGGGGCUGGGGGAGGUGACCCCGCCGCACGGGAGCCUGUACCGCGCGGACAUCGGCCUGCCCCACUGCGGCUACGCCCUGGGCGCCAGCUCCGAGGCCGACCUGGAGGCGGACGCCGCGCUGUCCCCCGAGCCCCCCGUGCGGCUGUGGGGCCGCAGCACGCGGUCGGGGCGCAGCUCCUGCCUGUCCAGCCGGGCCAACUCCAACCUCACGCUCACCGAUACGGAGCACGAGAACACGGAGACCGGUGAGUGGCCCGCUCGGCGGAGCUGGAGCCGGGGUUCCAGGCCCCGGGUUUGAAUUACCGUGCUGACCUGGGGGCACUGGGCAAGGCGGUGGAAAAUUGCUUUGCUCUCAGCGGUCAGAAGGCA